AUGGAUCUGAGCUGCAGUCACUCCGUGAAGCUGAAUGAUGGGCACUUCAUGCCAGUGCUUGGAUUUGGCACUUUUGCUUCUGCAGACAUUCCCAAGAGCAAGGCCGGCGAGGCCACCAAAGUGGCUAUUGACGCAGGUUUCCGUCACAUCGAUGCGGCCUACUUCUAUGAAAAUGAGGAGGAGAUCGGGGCAGCCCUCCGAGAGAAGAUUGCCGAUGGCACUGUGCAGAGAGAGGACAUUUUCUACACCAGCAAGCUUUGGGCUACUUUCCUUCGACCAGAAUUGGUUCGACCAGGGCUGGAAAGGUCACUGAAGAAGCUUCAGCUGGGCUACGUGGAUCUCUUCCUUAUUCAUAUGCCACUCGCUCUGAAGCCUGGGGAGGAGCUUCUGCCAAAGGAUUCCAAUGGGGACAUUAUUUUAGAUACAGUGGACAUUCGUGACACGUGGGAGGCCCUGGAGAAGUGUAAAGAUGCAGGUUUAACCAAGUCCAUCGGGGUGUCUAAUUUCAAUCAUAAACAGCUGGAACUGAUCUUGAACAAACCGGGGCUCAAGUACAAACCCACCUGCAACCAGGUGGAAUGUCAUCCUUACCUCAACCAGAGCAAACUCCUGGAGUUCUGCAAGUCCAAGGACAUUGUUCUAGUUGCCUACAGUGCCCUGGCGUCCCACAGAGACCCAAACUGGAUAGACCCAAAUAUCCCACGUCUCCUGGAGGAGCCAAUCUUGAAUGCCAUUGCCAAGAAACACAAUCGAACCCCAGGACAAGUUGCUCUGCGCUACCAGCUGCAGCGGGGGGUGGUGGUCCUGGCCAAGAGCUUCAAUGAGAAGAGAAUCAAAGAGAACUUACAGGUUUUUGACUUUGAAUUGACUCCAGAGGACAUGAAAGCGAUCAACGGCCUCGACAGAAAUUUCCGAUACUCUCGAUUGCUGUUUGCUGUUCACCACCCUUAUUAUCCAUUUUCUGAAGAGUAUUGA